CAACCACAGCACCAACAAAUUAUUUCCCUUCAGGUCGAGAUCGAUAAUUACUACUACCGAUAUUAUUCUAACCCCGAGUAUUUGGUUCGUUUGUUCGAGGAACCUCUAAUCUCACGCGACAAUCCCGGAUUCCUGUUGCCUAUUUCCUCGCAUCAUAGCUACCAUUGAAGGGGGAAGGAUACACAUCAAAUCACAACAAUAAUAUGUCGUCGGGAUUGACGAGGCGCCGCGGAGCUGGUGGUGGCGGUGGUACUGCUACUCCUACCGACGAGGCUAAUGGAAUCAAUCGGUCCAACUCUUCCCAGAAUGUACGCGAUAGCGCCCCCGAAACGAGUUACGAGAAUAGCGAGAAUGGCCACAAGAUUGCAUUCGACCCGCGCGAUAUUAGCGAAAGCGCAGAAAGGAGCAAGCAACCAAAGUUGACAUUGAUGGAGGAGAUCAUAUUGCUAGGACUUAAGGACAAGCAGGGCUACCUCUCGUUUUGGAACGAUAACAUCAGUUACGCGCUACGUGGUUGUAUCGUCCUCGAAUUGGCAUUCCGCGGUCGUAUCAGCAUGCAAAAGGAUCCUUCUCGACGGCGAUUUCCCCUAGCGGAUCGGACAAUUGAGGUUAUCGAUGAUACACUUACGGGCGAGGUACUACUAGACGAAGCAUUGAAAAUGAUGAAGCAAAGCGAGAAAAUGAGCGUUAGUGCCUGGAUUGAUUUGAUGAGCGGUGAAACCUGGAACCUCAUGAAAAUUGGUUACCAACUCAAGCAAGUCCGAGAGCGUCUAUGUAAAGGCCUCGUCGACAAGGGUAUCCUCCGCACCGAGAAACGUAACUUCUUAUUGUUCGACAUGGCUACCCACCCGGUCGCCGAUGGUGGCGCCAAAGACGAAAUCCGACGGCGCGUUAGAAACGUAUUGACCCAGCGUACUGUCGUCCUACCCGCCUCCCAGUUUCUUCCCGAGAACCUCGAGUUCCGCUACAUCCGAACUAUCUCCAUGGUGUGCGCCGCGUAUGCUGCUAACGUCCUGGAAAACGCCUUGAGCACGCUAGGCCACGAGGCUCGGGAACGCGCCUUCACACAGACGGACGAGUUACUCGCUGAAUACUCCCAGUGGCCUUUCGGGAAGAAGGCGAGCUCUACUGGUAUUGGUGCCAACUUGGCGCAAGUUAUAUCCGAGGAGGUCAACACUGCUAAGGACAAGGAGCUUCAACUCGAAGUUGUUGCUGCGUGUCUAAGCGUCUUUACCCGUCUCGAUUCACUUCUAUAAACUUGAAAUUCAACCAAGACCCCUUAUUUGUACGAACCUCGAUAGAGCUGGCAUCCAAUCAAAUCGACCUUAUGACCUAGCUACUCUUUCUUCCUUCACACUUGACUUCCUAUUACGACAAACCCGAAUUCCAUCCGACAUUUCCCCGAU